AUGUCUGCCUGUCCGCCUACAUGUGCUAACCCGAAUGGGCCCUUGUGUAAGGCGAUUAUCGCUAAGCCUGGAUGUGUCUGUAUAUCGGGAACAGUUCGCGAGACCACUAACAAUGACAAACUUGUGGACCUAAUGAGGUUUGGUUGUCACCAACACCUGCCUGUCCCCCUACGUGUCAAAACCGUAACUCUGCCCGAUGUGGGGCCCUCGAAGAAAAGGCGUCGUGUCAGUGCAUUACCGGCACUAUCAGAGACACCACUUCCGGAAAGUGUGUCCCUCAGAGUCAGUGCCCCAACCCGUGAAAUAGGCAAACGACAAACUCCUAUAUGUGGAUCAAAUGAGAGUUAUUCAACAUUUUCUCCGGUUUGUUACUAUACCUGUGCCCACCCGACGGGAGUCUUGUGUCAGGGGAUCAUCCGAAAGGCUGGAUGUGUCUGUAUAUCGGGAACAGUUCGCGACACCGUUAACAACGUUUGUGUCCAACCUGCUGAUUGUCCUUAACAAUGAAUGU